CUCUCUUUCUUUUUUUUCUUUUCUUUAAGUAACGCCCAUUCGUUCUUCCCCGGAAGUGGUCUAUUACAGUGGAACGGUGAGCGUCCGAACGUUCUCUCCGUAGAACCUUCAGCUCUGCCUGCGCCUCCUACCCUGCUGCGCCCUAGACAGGAUGGCUCUAGAUUGGAUUGGCUUUGGCUAUGCUGCCCUGGUUGCUUCUGGUGGAAUAAUUGGCUAUGCAAAAGCAGGAAGUGUCCCAUCCCUGGCUGCUGGUCUUCUCUUUGGCGGUCUGGCAGGACUGGGAGCUUAUCAGGUGUCUCAGGAUCCCAAGAACAUUUGGGUUUCCCUAGCUGCAUCAGGGACUUUGAGUGGCAUCAUGGGAAUGAGAUUCUACAACUCUGGAAAAUUCAUGCCAGCAGGCUUGAUUGCCGGUGCCAGUCUCCUGAUGGUUGGAAGACUCGCACUAAAGAUGUUGGAUAAGCCCCGGCAAGCAUAGUUAUAAAUCAGAGUGAAGAUUGAUAUGAGAUUGGGGAAUCUGAAAACUCCCAGCACUUGAGUGUAUUAUGGGAAAUGAGCGGAAGACCUAAGCAUUUGUACAUAUCCUGAUAUUUUUGGAGAUAUUUUUUUUAACCAAAGAAGCACUGAACUUUACAACCCGUCAAUUAUUGAAUCCCUUCGUAAGCAGCUCUCUCAUCUCAUAGUGGGUUGCCAUUAUUACACUUUGAUCCAGUCUUCAAGUUAUCUCUAAAGGUGUCAGAGAUUGGGUUUUACCAUCUUGCGACAACUGGAAUAUUUUUUACUGGUUGCAGGAGCUGUCUGCUGUAUCGCAAAGAGCCACAUUGUGAAAGGAAGAUAAUGAAGAAUUUUUAUUUCCAUCAUGUUUGGUUAUUCCCAAUUAUAAACACUUAGAGUAUCAAUUAAAAUGUUUGGUGAAAUAACCUUACUCUGAUACCUCA